GCAACACGUAAACAAACAAACUGCUGCGUUCAGUGCAGAGGCCGUAUAAAAAAGAUGGACGUAGCUUCCAGCUCCAAAACAAUUAAUUCCUCAAUUUCAGAGAUGAGCACUAAGAGGAUGAUCAGCAUGCAGAGAGAUUUAACAGCAGCAGUGACCAACAUCCAAACUGCUGCUGAUGCCAGAGAGUCAAAGCGAAGGAAGGAGCUGCAAGAAGCUCGCAAAACGAGACUGGAGUUGCUGGAAAAUAAUGUGAGAUCCAGUCAGAAUAAAGCUGAGGAGAUUUUUGCAGAGUUGUCGUCAACGAAGGAGAAGGUGAUCCCACAGGAGCUGCAGGAAGCUCUGAACAGCCAGCAGAAUAUAUGCACUCUUGUAUUAGAAGACAAGAAUAAACUCAUAAAUGACCUGCAAAAGGAGCUUAAGGUUUCAGACGAUCGCUUUGUGAAGGACUUGAGGAGAAUGGCAGAGGAGCUGGACCUGAUGAAGGAGAGGAUGGAGGACCAGAUCAAAACCCUGACCGGAGCAUACAGGGAGGAGAUGUCCGGGGUUGAGAGAUUUUGUCUGCAGGAAAUUGAAGUUUUAGUCACAAAAGACAAGACUGAGUGGGAAGAACACAUGCAGGAACUCUGGGACCAAGAGCUUGAGAGGUUGGAGCAGAGGAAGGAGAAAGUGGUGGAGUAUGAAGCCAAAAUUCACCGUCUGAUGUUGGAGAAUAUGGACAAGGAGAGCAUCAUCAAGAUAGAGCAGGAUGCUAAUUUUCAGGCUCUGGAUAUAGAUAAUCAGAAGAUGAAGGCCUCCACCAUGAUCAUGAAUCUCCAACAAAUAAAGCAAAAGAAUAACGUAGAAGUAAACAAUUUCAACCUGAGCCAGAUGUAUGAAAGGAUCAGCAGUCUGCAGGUAGAGAUAAAAAAACUUGUCACCAAGUUCUCGAAUCAGGCGAAGUACUUACGCGACACGAGCCAUCAUUUGAAAAAAGACUACAAACGCAUCCUCGAGCAGCAUGAACGAGUACAGAAGAAAAUCAAACACUUUGCAGUCGCUGAUGCCGGGAGGUUUAAGGAGAUGUGGCGCAUGGUUGAAGCAGAGAUGGCGCUACUCGUGGAGAAGGCUUUGGCCACCGACUCGGAGAUCUGUGAGAAGCAUCUGGGCCUAGCCUGGGAUCGACCUGUGAUGCCCUUCAGAGAGCUCUCUGGGCCCAUCCGGCCUGAGAAACAAACCAACACAGACCCGCACACCCAGCUGUCUCAAACUGAGCAGGACUUAGAGUGCAGCCAGGGGGCGAAGGACAUGUCGGACAGGGCGAGCUCGGAGGCUGAGAGCACGGUCGUGGACAAGGAAGGGAGCGAUGCAGGGUUGGAAGAGGAGAUGCUGGCGAGAGUGAGCCAGCUGCUGUGUGAUGCAACGGGUCUGAUUCAGGAGAAUAUCCUGAUGCUGCUGACUCCCCUGGAGGAGGACGUACAGACGGCUAUGAAGCUGGGCUCCUUCCUCUAUGCCUUGGGCCUCGCUGAUGAGGAUUUUCCCAAGUUGGCUCAUUUCCUCUUAAAGUACAGACAAGAGCAGAGCGAGGAUGUUAGUGGUGAGCUGAGUGAAUCCAGUGACCAGGAGGAGGCGCUAAUCAUCCAUCCUAACCAAGUCCUGACUGCUCUUAAAGGUUUCCUCCAGCAGCACAAGGGGUCCAGGGAGAACUCAGACCAAUCACAGUCCAGUGGUCUGCAAACAGAACCCAGGGACAGUUCAGCGGACAGAGUUUACUGGGAAAGUUUGAGCAACAUCAUCACUGAGGACAAAGUCAGACUCUGGGAGGCGGCGGAGGAGUCGCUACAGCAGCACCUGGUGGUCCUCACGGAGAUUUCUGAGCUUGACACUGAGAAAGAGAGUCUGGAGCAGGAGAACACGGAGCUGCGGCUGCUGCUGCAACAAUCCCUCAACUCAUGAGUACGUGUGUGUUUGUGUUUAUGUGUUUUUCCAGAUACACACUGAGGGUAAAGAUUCACAACCUUCCAGAGUAACAGUAAAGAAGCACAUAACAGCAGUGUAGCGUAAUGUAAUCUAGGUAACAGUGCAGUGUUUUCUGUCAUGACUGUAUGUUUUGAAGCUGACAGGAUUUCAUUAAUUGAUUAGAUGAUCAACAGAACAUCAAUAAUUGUAACAACCAAACUGUUUAGGUCUGAUUUGAUGAUACGAGUUGCUUAAAUCUUCUGCUUUGUGACCAAACAAAACAAGUGAUAAGAAAACAUCAACUGAAAGCUCAGGACCCUGUGAUCGGCAUUUUUCAUAUAUUUAUAUUUAUAGACCAGAUUGAAAGAUUUUAAAUAAUCCUUAGAAGUAGAUCUUUGAAGCAUCAUCCAUCUGACUGCAUUUUAUUCUCUUGUAGGUCAGAAGUGCAGGUUCACCAGGAGUUCCUUUGAACAUGUGCAUGAACUCAUCAGUAUUUGUAAAACGACUAUGUUAAAAAUAAAGAGAAAAAAACCCACCAUUAAUUAUUGUUGUGCUUGCAGCCCUGGAGGAUACAUUGUGUUACAUAUAAGAAUUCCUGUGAGACAAAGCGAAUGAGCCCCACACAGUGCAGCCUGUAGCUCCUCCACACCAAGGUGCACACGGUUCUCAUGGGACUCAGCAGCCACGCCACGCUGCCACUGGGACGACUGCACAGAGAGAGAUUCAAGACAUGAAGCGGACAAAUCCAAACACAACCAGAGAACACACGAAUCAAAGAAAACUAGAAAUUACUAAUUAAUAAAUUUUUUAGAAGAACACUUACGUUGGCUCAAAUUUGGUAGUUGAAACAUUUGAAACACUGAAGUAAUAGGUGAAGUGGUUGGAAAAAAAUACUGACAGAAGUUGAAAUAGAUAAAAAAAUAUAACCUGAAAGAAGUUGAAGUGUCAAAUGAUGAUAAAUUAACAUGAAAUCUAAAAAUAAUAAUUUUCGAGGUGAAAGCAGCGAAACUGUCAUUUGAAGAGUGAAAUAUGAAAAACUUUACCUCAAACCCGUUGUCCUUGGAAUCCAGUUUAUUUCAAAUUGUCAAAACAGACCAAAAAUAAAUAACGCACACCUUUGAACAGAUAUAUCAUACAUUACACAAAAUUCAUCGUGAAGACAGGUAAGUUCAGUGCAACCGAUAACUCUGUAAUCAGUGGAACACAGGAUCACAAACAGAGACUGCAACACAAAUGAAGUCAAGCACAGGCAAAGUUUUUCUUUUUAAAUGGGAUUAACGGACACUGCAAACAAUGUCUGGCGGAAGUGGAGGGGGCGUUUUACUUUGACAACGACAUUACCCGCGCUUCCACGGGUGGGGCUUCCUCUUUGCCCUGGACUCCCCUCGGGAAGGUUCGUAUUUUAGUCGCUCUUCUGACUUUUGUUAGUUUCAGGUUGUAAAUAACAUCAAAAGUUAGUGUACACGUUACAUAAUGUUGUUUUAAUGAUUUCAUGUUAGUUUGUUGUGUUGCCAAUUAUUGCAUUUGUGUAAACCUGCACGUGAUGGAGAGGUGUGUCUGCUGCGUAGCGGUGUCGCCGUGUACUGUUAUCCAUUAGCAUGCUUGGUGAACAUUGGGUUUGUUAGCGGGAAGCUAAGUAACGCUCUGCAUGUUGUACAGGCGAUGAGCACGCAGCUUCUUCAUGACAGACACUGUUGUUUCCACAACUGCAGUCGGAUGCAGGUUGGGAGGAGUACAACCACUACAUCUUCCCAGAGGACUCCGCCAACCAACCCGAGCCAAUGGGUUUGGAUCAGCUACGCCAGGUCGGAUUUGCAGGAAUACGCCCCCGACCGGCUGCAUAGGUGCCGGACGACCUACGAGGAGGCUAACAUUGCCAUGAGGAGCUGUGAGGAAAAGGAAGAGCGGCUGAUGCUGCUCAAGUCCUGGAAGGAGAAGGAGUUUGGCUCUGAAAACACCAUGGAGAGAGUCCGAAAGCUGCUGCCAGAGAACGUGAAGAAGAGGAGUAACCUGACGGCUGAGGACGGAGUAAGAACACAAUGUCAAACCAGACCUCGUCAUUUUGCCAGGAGUGAGAAGAAGAAGAAGAAAAGGAAGAAAAAAGUAUACUAUCCACAGAUAAUGGAGACUAUAUACUUGAGGAAUAUGGUGGCGACUUAAGAGGAUGAAGUGGCUCAUAGGAAUUUCAUUUUCCGAGAACAGGCCAAAAUAAUUCAGCACCUCAAGGCUGCAUUUACCGAGAUGUACGACUGCAACCACCACUGCCUCUUGAGGUGAACCCAAGGGUCUGGGACCUUGGGAACCCGAGGUCCCAGACCCUGAAGUGGACGUCGGUGAUGUUAUCUUUUUUGUUAUCUUGUUUUAUCUUAUUAUAUUCAAAUAAAGAAUUACACAUAAACUGAA